CCAGGUUCCGGGCUGUCCUGGUUGGCAUUAGUGUAGUUGAUCCAAGAUGAAUGGUGAAGUUGUGGUCAACAGACGGGUUGGCUGGGAUCUUGAGUUCUGUCUUGAUGGAGCUGAGGAGGCGAGUUCAGACAGCCAGAAGAAUGUGGAGCACAAAUGUAAUAUUUGCUCUCAAAGUUUUGUUACCGAGAGUCAACUGCAGAGACAUCUGCGAGACCAUGAGGUCAAUGAUAAGCCAUAUCGGUGUGACCAGUGUCCCAUGUCCUUUAAUGUGGAGUGCAAUCUUGGCCUUCAUAAAUCCACUCACAGCACCAGUGAGCUCAAGUGUCCAGUGUGUCAUAAGAAGUUCUCCAGAGUGGCCAGUCUGAAGGCACACGUCAUGAUACAUGAGAAAGAAGAGAACUUCCUGUGUUCAGAGUGUGGAGAUGAGUUCAUUCUUCAGAGUCAGCUCUCUCUGCAUCUGGAGGAACAUCGCAAAGAAAUCAGUGGAACAAAGUCAUACACCUGCAAGACCUGCAGCAAAGAGUUCACGACGCAAAAUCAGCUAAAGGAACACUUGAAAAGUCAUGCCAAAAUCAGGCCUAUUAUAACAAGUUCAAGAAACUACAAGAACAUCGAUCGGAGAGGAUUCAAGAACAUUUGCCACCACUGUGGGAAGACGUUUAAGAAACCCAGUCAGCUUGUUCGACAUAUACGUAUUCACACAGGUGAGAGGCCGUAUAAAUGCACUCACUGCGGGAAGUCCUUCAACCAGAAGGUGGUGCUGCAGACACACAUGGUGCGGCACACUGGAGAGAAACCUUACAUGUGUUUACAGUGUCCUGCCUCAUUCUCACAGAAAGGAAAUCUGCACUCGCAUGUUCAAAGAGUUCACUCACAGGCAGCAGGUGGUCCUCUCUUCCCCUGUAUGGACUGCAGCUGUGUAUAUAAGAAGCUUGGCAGCCUCAAUGCUCACAUCAGCAAAAUGCAUAUCUCAGUGAUGGAGGUGGAGGAGCCAGCCACACAGAAGGGUGACUUGGGGGCCGGUCAGGGUGCGACGGGGUCAGAGGGCACGGGGGGUGUGACAGAUGUUAUCCAACAGCUGCUGGAGCUGUCUGAUCAUGUGACCGCAGACAGCACUCAAGCCCCUCCCCCUGGGCAGGCCAUUGACACGGCCAUCAACCAGGACAUCCUGCAGCAAGCUUUGGAGAAUAGCGGCUUGACUGAGAUUCCAGUUGGUUCUGAAGCUCAGAGCAGCAGUGCUGGACAGAAGACAGACACAGCAACAGCUCCCAGCAGCACCCCAACAGAUGAUGGACCAGUCACCUCAAAAAUACUUAUGACAGACACCAUCGUAAAGAAGGAGAAGAGAAGCAUUGUCAAAAAGCCUCCACAGAUGCUGGGCACUAUCAGACAGGACAGUGGCGUGAGGUGGCACGGCUGUCCAUACUGCUCAAAAGAGUUCAAGAAGCCAAGCGAUCUGGUGCGUCACAUCCGCAUUCACACUCACGAGAAACCCUACAAGUGUAAGCAGUGUUUCCGUGCGUUUGCAGUGAAGAGCACGCUGACCGCUCACAUGAAGAUCCACACGGGCAUCAAAGCCUUUGAGUGUCAGUACUGCAUGAAGUGUUUCUCUACAUCUGGCAGCAUGAAGGUCCAUCAGCGUCUGCACACCGGUGUACGGCCGUUCCCAUGUCCUCAUUGUGAGAAGUUCUUCCGUACUUCAGGCCACAGGAAAACACACAUCGCCUCUCACUUUAAGAGCAUACACCAGAAGAAGCACAAAUACCCCAGAAAGCCUCAUAAAACACGAGUGUCCAGGAGCAAUCUGCCUUUGCCUGAUAUACCACUGCAAGAGCCAAUACUCAUCACAGACAUGGGGCUCCUGCAGAACCAGAACUCACGGGCCGCACUGCAGCAGUAUCUGGACAUCGUGGAGAACGAGCGGCCUUACAAGUGUGGAUACUGCAGCAAAGCUUACAAGAAAUCAAGUCACCUUAAACAGCACAUCAGGUCACACACAGGAGAGCGGCCGUACAAGUGUCUGCAGUGCAGUAAGGGCUUUGCGUCAUCCGGCGUGCUGAAAGCUCACAUCCGCACUCACUCUGGACUCAAAGCCUUCAAGUGUCUGCUGUGUGACACCACCUUCACCACCAGCGGUAGCCUGAGACGUCACAUGACCACACACAGCGAAAUACGACCGUACAUGUGUCCAUACUGCCAGAAGACCUUCAAAUCCUCCCCCAACUGCAGGAAACACAUGAAAACACACAGGUAUGAGCUAGCGCAGCAGCUGCAGCAGCAGCAGAGCUCCGACGACAUGCAGCCACCCUCCGCUGACACACAGAGCAUGCUGGAGGUGGUGGGAGACGGCCAGCAGGUGGCACUACCUGCUGCACUGGGGGAGGAUGCCCUGCAGGACACGGAAUCGUUUGUGAGCACGCAGCAUGCUCUGCCACAACACAUGAGUCAGUUUGACACGCCAGCGUUGCCGCAGCCCACGUAUGAGCAGCCCGCACUCGCACAAGGUUUCACUAUCUCUGAUGGGUUCACUCAGCAGGCUCAUUUCUCUUCAGUUCAGCAGCUUCAGGACUCAAGUACACUAGAGUCACAAGCCCUCACAUCCAGCUACCACCCUCCACUACUGCAUGACACACACACUGAGACAAGUGGUUUACUGCAGGAAGCCAGUCAGGGUGAUCUGCCACUGUCCAUCCAGACACAAGAUUUCCAGGACGAGGACGACAACAACAAGAGAGUUUAUCAGUGUAAUAUGUGUGAAAAGAGUUUUAAGAAGUCCAGUCACUUGAAGCAGCACGUGCGCUCACACACGGGAGAGAAACCGUACCGCUGUAACAUCUGUGGCCGGAGCUUUGUGUCCACUGGAGUGCUCAAAUCUCACCUCAACACACACACAGGAGUCAAGGCGUAUAAAUGUAACAUGUGUGACGCUUGUUUCACCACUAAUGGCAGUCUGAACCGUCACAUGAUCAUUCACCUGAACACAAAGCCCUUCAAGUGCACCAUGUGUGACGAGAGCUUCCGUACAGUCAUGCUGCGCAGGAAACACAUGAAAGUCCUACACGCUGUAGGUCCCAGAGUUGUGGAGGUGGAUGAGGCCGGUGAAGAGAAUGAUGGGUCAGAUCGCUCCGGGUUCAAAAGGAACCGCACGGGCAUCAUCACGCUAACUGAGGAGCAGACGGCAGAGCUGGCCAAGAGAGACCCGGGGGAUGAAGCGUCUUUGUCAGAGAAAGUUCUGGCUCAGACAGCCGCUGAAAGAGAUCGGAUCAGUGAGGUUAAAGAGAAAGGUGUUGAUCUCAACAUGGAGCCCAAGUUUGCAAACCGCUGUCAGUACUGCCCAAAGAGCUUCAAGAAGCCCAGCGACCUGGUCAGACAUAUCCGGAUACAUACAGGCGAGAAACCGUACAAGUGUGAAGAGUGUGGGAAGAGUUUCACUGUGAAAUCCACACUGGACUGUCACAUAAAGACACACUCAGGGCAGAAGCUGUUCAGCUGUCACAUGUGCAACACGUCAUUCUCCACUAAGGGCAGUCUGAAGGUCCACAUGCGUUUACACACAGGCUCAAAACCCUUCAAGUGUCCUCUCUGUGACCAGCGCUUUCGCACAUCAGGACACCGCAAGACACACAUCCAGGGUCACAUCAGACCAUCCGACCGCAAGAGCAAGCGCAGCUUGAGCACAGAUCCGCAGGCAGCUCAGGACAUCCAGAGCGUUCCUCAGUCUCGGCACACAUCCUCAACUGCAGACGGCCAGCCAGCAGUGGGAUUAUUACAGACCACCAGUGCUGAUCCAAACAUCUACAUCCCAGCAAACCCAGUGCUGACGGGCCCAUAUGAGUCCAGUCUGCUGCAGCAGGGGCUGGUGGGACAAGCCAUACUGCCUGCGACUGUGUCCGCGGGGGGAGAUCUGACUGUGUCUCUGACCGAGGGUCUCGCCACACUGGAGGGCAUUCACCUACAGCUCACGUCUGCUAACCUGGUGUGUCCAAACGUGCAGAUCUCUGGGAUCGACCCCAGCAACAUCAACAACAUCACGCUGCAGAUUGACCCCAGUAUUCUCCAGCAGACGCUGCAGCAGAGCAGUUUACUGUCUCACUCUCUGACGGGUGACCCGGGUUUAACCACGCACACGAGCGCUCACCUCCUGACUUCAGCAGACGCUGCAGUUCCUGCUAAUGUCGUCAUCCACCCGCUAAGCGGCCUGUCUCUGCAGCCGACACCUGCAGCAGCCAACAUCAGCAACAUUACAAAUCAGCAUGACAACAACACAGUCCUCUCAGGUUCUCAGGUGCUACCGCAGGUGUCGAGCACUGCAGGUCUGGUGAGCAGUAGCAGCAGCACUCCAGAAAUCACUCUGACUAUCAAUAACUCCAGUCUGACUCAAGCUCUGUCACAGAGCAGUGCUGCCGCACACACACCCGCCACCAGUGCACCAGAGAUCACACUCACUAUAGCAGGUGAGGAUCUUCUCCCGCAGCACUCCACUGCCGACAUGACCUCUGACCUCAGACUCACUACAGCCAGCAACAGUCUGACUCUGAACAACCAGCGGCUGCUUCCUCUCAGCUCUGCUCCCUCAAACAUCAGCGUCAGUGCGCUGGCACCCAGCACUUCUCUCUCUCAGACGGCCAUGUCAUCUCAGAGUCUGGUGAUGUCAUCAGGGGGCGUGGCCAGUGAUGGCAGUGUGACUCUGACUCUAACAGACACACAGAUACUGGACACGGUCUCACUCAGCCUGAACACACAGAUGGUAGACAGUCAAUCAUUGGAGAAGGACUCAGAGUUGCAGCAGAAGCACGAGUGUUAUUACUGCAGUCAGACACUGAACACUGUAAACGCACUGAGACGGCACUGCAAACAGGUGCAUGGAAGAGACCGCUGUCAUGUCUGCCGCGUCUGCAAUAAAGCCUUCAAACGAGCUACACACCUCAAGGAGCAUGAGUAUGUGCAUAAGGAAGGACCCAGUGUGAACUCGCAGAAACCCAAAGGGUUUAAAUGCUCCAGCUGUGACAAAGCCUUCACCAAACCCAGUCAGUUAGAGAGACACAAUCGCACACACACAGGUGAGCGGCCGUUCAAAUGUUCACUGUGUGAUAAAGCAUUUAAUCAGAAGAGCGCUCUACAGGUGCACAGGGUCAAGCAUACGGGUGAAAAGCCCUACAGGUGUGAAGUGUGCACUAUCAGCUUUACUCAGAAGAGCAACAUGAAACUACACAUGAAGAGAUCGCAUGGUUACACAGCCUCCAACAAACUCUUCGCUAAACCACAGGAAGUGGAGGUGGUGUUGGACCAUGAUUCUGAGUCUGAUUCUCAGCAGGCGAGUCAGGAGAGCAGAGCGAGUCAGUCGGGUCUGGAUCUGGAGGAGGUUGUGCAGGAGUCCUCAGGAGACUGGCAGUGUCCCAUUCCCACCGUCUUCCCAUGAACCCCUCACAGCACUGCUCAUUUAGAUCCAAUACACGCCAUUCUGUCAUUAUUUACUUACCAUGUCAUUCGAAACCAGUUGGACUUUCUUUCUUCUCUGGAACACAAAAGGAGAAGUUUUGAAGAAUCAGCAUGCUGUACAACAACAACUCGUAUCUGUCAAGCUCCAAAAAUUACCUUAAAACACCAUAAAACAAAUCAGAUUACACUUUACAAUAAGGUUCCAUUUGUUAACAUUAGUGAACAACAUUAGUUAACAUGAACUAACAAUAGAACAAUACUUUUACAGCAUUUAUUAAUCUUAUUUAAUGUUAAUUUCAACAUAUACUAAUACAUUUUUUAAAUCAAAAGUUGUAUUUGUUAACAUUAGGUAAUGCACUAUGAACUUAAAUUGAAAUUUUUUAUUUUUAUUAACUAACAUUAACAAAGAUUAAUAAAUACUUCAGAAAACAUAUUGUUCAUUGUUUGUUCAUGAUACCUAAAGCAUUAACUAAUGUUAACAAAUGAAACCUUAUUGUAAUGUGUUACCACAAACCAUGAAAAAUAUGAUAAAAUAUCAAAAACAGGCCAAACGUUUCAGCAUGAUUCACAGAAAAAUGACAUGAAUUGCUAUUUUCACAUCUAAUCUCGAAUUGCGUAGAUGAUUUGAGGGCUGCAGGGAAGGAGAAGGUUUUUAGUAAAUAAAAACCAAAUUCCGGUUCUUCACACAAAGCAGUGGAAGGAGAAGUGGGUUAUUGCACAUAGUCUUAUGGGUUACUAUGCUUUGUGUUUUUUUUUUUUUAAGCUUGUCAGAUGUGGUUACUAUGAACUGUUGUUGCAUGAAUGAGAUCUGUGUGAAAACUCUAAGCAUGCCUACCUUUGUGCUCCCGGAACAGCAUAAAGGUUUGGAACGACAUGCGGGUGUGUGAAUAAUGACUGGAUUUUAAUUUUUAGGUGAACUAUUCUUUCAAGACUUGUUUACUUUGACAUUAGCAAAUCCAAGUGCUGCUCACUUUUUAUUCUUGCCAAUUAGUGGGACAUACAUGGCACAAAUCAUGUUUAUUUCUAUGAAUGUACAUUAUUUUAAAGUUGUAAAUAGCUACUUCUCAUUGCAUUAGAUGGCAGAUGUUUUGUAAGUUUCAUUUUUAAAGCUGUACGGUUUAAGUUGGAGCCGUAUUUGUCACUACUUUAGCAAUUUUGUAUUGGAAAACACAAUUUUCAUUUGUAUUCAUAUCUGUGGUAUAAAGCAUCCAUCUAGCACAGAAAAUCUUGUUUGCUACUGUCAGCAUGUCAAUAUUACUCGCAAGACAAUAUGAAUUAAACACAUAGAGGACAACAAA